CUCACACUAGCAUGCUCCCCGCAUUACCCACUGUCCCCCGGGGGACGUCCUUGAGCCCUGUCCUCCCAUCUCAGCCAGGGUGGGGAGGGACUCCUUCCAUCUCAGAUCGACACCCUCUGAGGUCAGACAUCCUCCCACUCCUCCCUCCAUCUCCAUCCCCUUUAUUGGCUCCCGCCUCACCUCAUCCCAUCAUCUUUCCUAAGCCGGCCGGGCCGCCUACCACAGAGCCUUUGGUCCCCCAAACAGCUCCAACUGACUGCCCUCCACGUCAGAGCGUGGCUGAUCCCCUAAGCCCACCUACUGAUGAGAUGAACCACACCCCACCCCCAAAUGCCCAGGAUUUAACAAGCGUCCCCCGUCUAGGUUUCUCUGGACCUUCAGCAGAGCAGCGUUCGGAGCUGCCCCCCACGGAGGAUCCUCGCGCAGCAGGCUCCCCCACACCAGAGUUUCUGAGGUCCGGGCCAGCACCGGCCCAUCGGUCUCCCCCUCCCCUAUCCCUUGGAAACCUUCACCUGCCCCGUGGACCUCCCUCCUGGUCGAGCUUGGAAGCGCCAUCAAGGCCUGCAUCCACCCAGCCAGUCACAGUGGAGGCAGCUGAAGCAGUGCACCGUGGGGUGUCUCUGCCAGCUCUAAGGAGCAGGUCUGUGCCCUCACUUUUCCAGACUGCGGAGUCAGGGCGGGUGGAGGUGACCGGCAGGAUGCUAGCCGCCACCGCUGCCAAGGACUCCGCUGACCCACUGCACCUGUCAGCAGCUCCAGGGGAUUCUGAAAAGCCCGUCCGUUCAGCAGAACACACUUCUUCCUCUCUGGUGCCUUCUCCCCUGCCUCCCGCUCCCGCCGGCCAAGGACAAGCCGUCCUUUCUGCAUCACCCUCAGAGGGCACAGAGGCAGACUUUCCCGCUGUCCCGCAGCCGGCACGGAACCAUGCCCCUCCACCCACCCAGCCCCGCAUGCCAACUCCUCGGGGAGAGGGCCGCCAUGGACCCCCUCCUACUGAAGCUACCAACUUCCCCCUCUCCAGCACAUUUCCUGACCUCCUCGCCACCCUUUGGACAUUGCCGCUGCAGAAAGAAGACGGCGUGACAGCUGUCCCGCGGAAACACGAAAAGGCAAAUGUGACAGUUGCUAUGCAGACCCUCCUAAGUAAAGAGGUUCUGAGUCUUCGCACUCUAAGUGGAGUCACCUCUGCUUUCAGCGCCGAUCCUGCUUCAUCCACCGUCAGCAGAACGCCAAGAGCAGAUCUUGCUUCGGAAUUCCCGUCACGUUCCCUCCCGUCCACACCAUUCGCCCAGACUGUUUCCCCGUCUCCCGGCCUUUCCAGCAGCAAGCCAGGGACGGACGCAGCUGUGACUGGCCUUGCAGAGCUGCCAGUUUCAACUUCCAAACAGGUGGCAGGCCUUCCCUCCUCCUCCGAGGUCUAUUUCUCAACAAUGGGAAGCACGCAAGAGCCAGUGGUCACAGAUGUGCUCUGGAGUUCCCUUUCCGCAGAAAUUGGACCCCUUUCCCCAGAACCAAUGCUAUCUGGCUUGCUGCAGCAGACAAAGGAUGCUAUAAAUGGGCACACAAUUAACUCCACAAGUUGGAGACCUCACUCAGCUCCCUCUCCUGCCCCCAGUGUUUUAGCUCCAGCUGUUAAUACAAUAGACCCCCCCGAUCUCAGAGUCACUGCUGGGCACGGAGCAACUGCAGAAGGUGUUAGCCUUGCGGAUUCAGUCCUUGAAUCAGGCACCAACCAGCCCAUCCAACCGUCAGGUGUGACCAUGGUUGGAAACCGUACAGCUGUCUCGUCUGCAAGUAAUAACAACCAUUCCAGAGACUUCCAAACACCCAAAGUUGAAGAUUUCCCACCCUCAAGUCAACAAGUCAAGACUCAUCCCCCUGGACAGCGGCCUGUCCAUCCAACAUGGCCUCUCCCGCUACCCUCCCCAAGUCUGCCUUCCACAGCUGGCUUGCAGGAGAUGCUUUCAGACGGAAUGGAUACAAGUUCCCAUAUUUCCAGCAACUUCUACCCAGCUCCUGUGGUACAUGCUUCCACACCGUUUCAGAGUAUCCCGAGAUAUCGCUCUACUGCCGAAUCUCCUCUGUCAACCAGGGCCUCCCUCGGGACCCCGUCCAGAGUGCUCCCGCCUUCUCAGCGCCCCAAAGAAUGGACAGGUGCAGCCACUAUUGCAGGAAGUUUGCUUCCUGGUACCCAGAAAACAGGUAGGACUGCUCCUGUGGCCAAAACAUCUUCAAGCUCCACACAGAUGCCCAGCUCUGCUCGGGAGCGGACACGCCCAUCCACGCUGAUGAGAGACUCAGCAGCCCCAAAGAGUCGUGUCCUUGACCCUCUGCUGACAUGGUGGUUUUGAAAGUAUUAGGAACUUACGUGUCCUUAUUACCGACCAUAGCUUUGCUGUAACUGGCAUUCUCAUUGUGCUUACUUGACGUAAUGAGCCUAAGCUAUGUGGCCUACAUUCCAGAGCACAGCGACUUUUUUAUCCCAGCAAACCCAUCGGUGACAUCCAUGCGUCACCACACGUGACAUGUACACCGUGGGCCAGUGACAAACUCUGCUUUCUCU